AAAUACAGGAAGUCACUCUGGAAAACGCCGGAAGAAAGCUGGUGAAAGCUAAGUUGAAGUAUUCUGAAGUUGGACUAUGGCGCUUGGAGACUGUUGGAAGCAGCUGUCCUGGUUUUAUUACCAGUACCUGCUAGUGACAGCGCUGUACAUGCUGGAGCCCUGGGAGAGGACGGUGUUCAACUCUCUGCUGAUCUCAGUGGCUGCCAUGGCCAUCUACACCGGCUACGUCUUCAUGCCACAGCACAUCAUGGCCAUCCUCCACUACUUUGAGGUUGUCCAGUGAGCCGUCUCCUCUGGCGUUCCACUAGUCCAGCCCGUCGUCCAUCCCCCUCCCAUAUCCUCCAACAACUCUCCGCUUUUCUGUGCUUGGAUACAUGUCCCUGUUUGAGGUCGGACUGUCACAGAACUUCUCUCCUCAUGGAAUCCAGAUCAAAAGUGGAAGCUGGGAACGCUGUGCUGGAGGCCAUGUAAGAAUACAUCCAACCACUGGGAGAGCGGACAUUGUAAGCAGUGUUUUACUUGGAGAAGUGCUUCGUUUCAGCUUUUUCACCUUGACUCAAGUGCACUUUACUGUUGGAGUGAUGUGUAAUUUGUUGGACUGUACUUUGCUUUUGCUAUCCUCUAGUUGAAUUAACUCCUGUAGUUGUUUGACUGGCUGAGCAGGAUGAGAUCUUUAGAUCUGGAGUUUUCCAUCUUGUGUGACGAAGCUCAGCAUUCCUCCAACCUGAUCUGGACAAUUAAACCAUAUGCAGCAUAAAGCUUCUACAGGGAGAGCCUGGUUAGCUCUGUUGCAGCUAGUUAACAGCAAGCAGUUUUUUCACUAUGAAACAUGAUGCUGUAGUUCUCUUUAUGGCACACAAUCCUUAAUAUAGAUUUUUUUUUUUUAUCUUCUGACUUUUCUUUUAAACUCAAUUUGUUUAGUUAUAUUUUAUCUUUAGAUCUGGGUGGUUUUUUUUAUUUUAUAAUUUUAUUUUAUUUUUUUGGAACUAAUAGAGUAGAUUGUUGCCAUACUCUGCAUCCCAAAAUUAUAGUUCUUCACUUAUUGAGUAUAAAGAAACAAUCUGCAAAAGUUUUAACAUUUUUCUGUCCAUCAUAACUUUUCUGAUUCUUAACUUCAAAUCUAUAAAAAUACAACAAAUAUCUGUAAAAUUAAUUCCACUAACCACUACUUUGAGGAAUUCUAGCUCUAGAGUGAAGCUCUUCACAGAUGAGUUAUAAACUGUAAAAAGCUGACAAAUUCCUUUACAGACGGUAGAUCUAGGAAAUGUGUUGCAAUGAAUUGAUUGUGAAAAUCUGAUUGUCAAGAACAAAAACAUCUCUGAAUUUCCUGUAACUCAAGAUAUGUGUUUUAAUAGAUACUUUCUAUUUAUGUUUGACAUGUAAAAAAAUGUUAACCCUCCUGUGGUCUAUUGAACCCCCUCAGUACACUGCAUUUUGACCCAGGGUCACUGCGGUCCGGUGGGGUUGCAGCGACCCUGUGUGCGCUUCCCCGUUGUCUGUCACGGCAAGACCGCAGGAGGGUUAAACAAUUCAAGGUUUAGGUUGUUUGUCAGUUUUCCUUUGUUGUUCAUUCCAGAGAUUUAACUGUGGUUUUCGUAUUUGUUUAAUCUCUGAAAUGCUCCAACCAAUCCUCAGGCAUCAUUGUGAGCAGCAGUUACCUCCAUCCCUGUUUUAAUUGUUCUGUUUUCUGGUGUCGGAGGAUGUUUUUGUGGUUAAAUUGCAAAAUUGGACCAGAAUUGGUUUCUGAGAGCCAAAGUUUGUGAGAAUUUGGGGUCUAUUCUCAGUCCAGUGCAGCUCCUUAUAUGUGAUCUCAGUAACAAUCUGUUCCUCCAGCUUGGCACUUGAUCAACACAUCAGGAAGGAUUUAUUGGACUGUCAAAAGGAAGGUUCAGUGAGAAAGAAAAUCAGUCAAAAUAAGGCCUUAUCUAAUUAAGCCUAAGCUAAUAUCGGAUAUCCUUUUUAUAUUUUGGUUGCAUUUAUUAGCAACAUAAACUCCCACUGCCACAGCUAACACUUUCUCCUAAAAUAUGUACUUUUCUUGAAUGUAUAUAUUCUUGUAAACAUAUUUGUAAAGUUUUGUAGUCAGAUAAUUUGACAUGAGAUGUUUUGGUGAAGACAUUGUAAUACCGUUCUAUAUAUCUGAAAUGAUUAAAGUUAUACUUGUUUUACCUAC